AUGUGGGGGGAGGAUGCGUCAUUCGAGGCGACGGGGCUGGACCAGGACCUGAUCAAGGCCGUGCGAGCAUGUGGCUUUGAGCGGCCGACGAGGAUCCAGGAGGAGGCGAUCCCAGCGAUCCUGAGAGGAAAGAACACAGUGAUCGGAGCAGAGACGGGGAGCGGCAAGACUCUCGCCUACCUCCUUCCCGUCAUGCAGAGGAUGCUGAAACAGAUGGCAGAGGAAGGGACAACGGACUUCGGACCCAACCCUCGCGCCCUCGUCCUCGUCCCCAACCAGGAGCUCGCGAUGCAGGUGGCGCUGAUGAUGCAGAGGCUGAGCAGGACGCAGCUCGCGCAACCCGAGAUGCUCGAUCAGGUCAAGGCGCUGGUGGUGGACGAGGCAGACAUGCUGAUGCAGGGAGGGUUCGAGGAUGACGUGAGGAAGAUCCUCGACUAUCUCUGCCCGAGGAUCUCCAACACCAAGAGGAGGAUGCUCGCAAAGCAGGGCCUGUCGGAGGAGGACUACGUCCCCCCCCGCCCUCCAGCGCAGGUGAUCUUCGCUGCUGCCACCCUGCCGGACUGGAAGGGGGACAAAGUCAAGUCGAUCGUUCGGACCCUCCGUCUCCUCUUUCCCGACGCGGUCCACAUCAACACCAUGGGGCUGCACCGCCAGUCGCUGGCGGUGGAGACGGAGUGGGUGGAGGUGGAGGACGAGGAGGAGUCCCUCCCGCUCCUGCUCGACGUGCUGGACAAGAGCAGGGGAGUGAAGACCAUGGUCUUCUGCAACACCAUCGCAUCUGCCAAGGACACGCACGCGUUCCUCCUCGAGCAUGGCUGGGAGGCCCAUAUGAUCCACAAGGAAGUGCCUCCUGCUGUCAGGGCCGAGGCGCUCAACCUGCUGAGGGUCAAGAGCGACGCGCUCGUCGUGUGCACCGACAUCGCAGCCAGAGGCAUCGACGCCCCCAAUGUCGGGCAUGUGAUCCAGCUGCAGUUCGCUCCCAACGCUGUCACCUACCUGCAUCGCAUCGGUCGAACUGCACGCGCCGGUUCUCUCCAUGGCAAGGCCACCAAUUUCAUCGACCCCUCGUCCCGCGAUGUUGCUACAGCGAUCAGGAAGGAAGUGGAGGAGAGAAAGACUGUCGCUCCAGUCUUCAGCAGGAAUCGAGGCUUCAGGAGGAGGUUGAAGAGGAGCCAAGCUGCGGAGGGAAGCAAGGAAGACGGCGAGGACAGCGGGGACAGCGAGGAGAGCAAGUAG